AUUACUAAUCAAAAUUAUUUCGCAUUAUAACUACGGUAUAAAUAAAUUGAUCCUGCUCAAUUAAACAACGCGUUUUGAUUAUUUUAAAUAGCUAUAUUAUCUAUUAGAUAACAACAAUAACAAAGAGAUAAUAAUAAUAAUAAGUGAAAAUUACCGAAAAAUAUGUCUCAGCCAUACCCACCAUACGGUCAGCCGCCUCCCUAUCCUCAAGGUUAUGGACAGCCCUACCAACAGGGUUAUGGUCAACAAGGUUAUGGUGGUCAAUAUCCGGGUCAACAGCAACCUCCAGCACCUGGCUUUGCAAUGCCACCACCACAUCAAGGUGCAUACGGCUAUCAAGACCCAAACGUUGGCUAUAACUCGGGAUCACACAAUGUGACCGUUUCGGCAAAUGAAACCGAUGUCAACCAUUGGGCCGGUUUUACCGAUAAGAAUAUACGGCGAAUGUUUGUCCAAAAAGUUUAUUCAAUACUAAGUAUUCAGCUCUUCAUAACAUUUGGUUUGACGGCUAUCGUAGUUCUCACACCAUCCAUCAAAUCCUGGGUUAGACAAAACACUUGGCUCUAUUGGGUCUCUUAUGUCGUAUUUUUUUCGCUAUACAUAACCCUCAUGUGCUGCAAAGGUCCCCGACGUAACUAUCCGACCAACUUUAUACUACUGACGCUAUUUACUAUUGCAUUGAGUUUUAUGGUUGCUAUGCUCUGUUCGUUUCACAACUUGACCAGUGUUUUGAUUGCCGCCGGCAUUACAGCCGUGUGCUGUACAGCCGUAACAGUGUUUUCGUUUUGGACUAAAUUUGAUUUUACAAAAUUGGGCGGUGCUCUGGCCAUUGCCUCGCUCGGCCUAUUCAUUAUGGGCAUAUGUAUGUUGUUUAUAAAAGCAAAAAUCUUGUUAAUCGUUUACGCUGGUAUCGGAACUGUAUUAUUUAUGCUGUUCCUGGCAUACGAUACUCAGCUGAUCACUGGCGGCAAAAAAUAUGAGUUGAGUCCCGAAGAGUAUAUAAUGGCCUCAAUUAUGUUAUAUGUGGACAUUGUCUACAUAUUUUUGAUGGUUCUUCAACUGGUCAGCGCCGGCAGGUGUAUAUUUCGCACAAAAAUGACUGAAAACCAGCAGUACAUGAAAGCGCCAGCGGAGCCACCAUUGUUUGUACCAUUAUCUGGACAACCAUUUCAAACACAGCCAUUAGUUGAACCAUAUGGAUAUACCGGUCAAGCGGUACCCCCGGCGCCGGGUUUUAAUUAUACCCAACCACCACAGGCUCCCCCUGUAUACACCCAAUCCGCACAACAAUACCCCGCUGGUGGCGAUCCAAUGGGUGGUUCAUAUAAUAUUGAGGUUACAACCAAUGAAACCGAUGUCAACCAUUGGGCCGGUUUUACCGAUAAGAAUAUUCGGCGAAUGUUUGUCCAAAAAGUUUAUUCAAUACUAAGCUUACAGUUGUUUAUAACAUUUGGAUUGACAGCUAUUGUUGUAUUAACACCAUCGAUCAAACAUUGGGUUCAACACAAUUUGUGGAUUUAUAUCUUUGCUUAUUGUUUUUUCUUUGUGCUCUACAUUACACUAAUAUGCUGUCCCGGACCCCGACGCACAUAUCCAACCAAUUUUAUACUACUGUUUCUAUUUACAAUUUCGUUGAGUAUAAUGGUUGCUAUGAUCAGCGCCUUUCAUGACCUAUUCAGUGUGUUGACCGCCGCCGGCAUUACCGCCGUGUGCUGUACGGCUGUCUCACUAUUUUCGUGUUACACUAAGUUUGAUUUUACACGCUUAUGGUGGGUGCUAUCUAUAGCUUCUCUGGGCCUAAUUAUUAUGGCUAUCCUAAUGUUAAUUAUGCGCACAAAGAUAUUGUUGAUUUUGUACGCCGGUAUCGGAACCGUUGUAUUUAUGUUGUUCCUGGCCUAUGACACCCAAAUGAUUUUGGGCGGCAAAAAGUAUGAACUAUCGGCUGAAGAGUAUAUAUUGGGUUCACUAUUGCUUUAUCUCGAUAUUGUUAAUAUAUUUUUGUUGAUCCUCCGACUGGUUGGUGGUGGGGGUAAAGGCUAAUUGUCUUUUAUAUUCAAUUAAUAUAAUAAAUGUGGCC